AUGUCCGCCUCUGACAAAGACACUGUCGCAGCUGCCGUCGCUGUCGAAGGCACUACCUGCAACAAUCUCCUGGCACCAAACCCAAAAUUGGACAAUGCCGUUGCAAAUUCUCAAAAAAACAAUCUGCCGGAGAUCUCGCUGAUCAACGCAAAGACUGUUCUCGAGAUCGGCACGCUCGGUGGCUACUCAACCAUAUGGCUUGCACAAACAGGCGCAAGGGUUACCAGUAUCGAGAUCAACCCGAAGCACCGCGAAGUCGCCCUGGAGAACGUCGCGGGACUUGACACUGAGAUCACACUCGGUGCUGCUUUGGAUGUUCUUCCGAAGCUGGCCAACGAAGGUCGCAAAUUCGAUAUGGUGUUCUGCGAUGCCUCUUGGGGCGAACAAGAGAAAUACUUCGAUUGGGCAGUUAAACUGACAAGGCCCAAGGGGUGCAUUGAUGUUGAUAACGUUGUUUGGAAUGUGCUUGAAAGCAAUACCUCACAGACAGGGAAGAAUUCGCUCUUGACUCAUGUGGGCAAGAAUAAAAGAGUCACGGCUACCUUGGUUCCCAUGGUCUCAACGGCACACAGUGCAUCUGCGGGACGGACUAUUCUUGAUGGUUUUUUGUUGGCGGUAGUCAAUUGA